UUUUAUUUUAAUUUUAACUUUUUACCAUAAUAAAUCAUAGGGUUAGAUAAAGUAGCGCCAUCUGUAUGUAAAUAUCCGAUGUAAAUGAACGUUAAUUGUAGUUCUUAGCGAUAAACGCCGAUUGAGGGCGCUACUCGCAUCCAUUAACGUCCGAUUUAUCGGUGAAUCGUCGUUUUUUAAUUUAUUAAAACCGCUUCGGUUAUCAUAUGGGUCUACCCGUUACAAUUUUGUUUAAUAAUCGUUAAUAACUAGCAAAUUUUGCGCUUCUGUACGCAUAACGGAUCGUAUUUAAACCGAAACGCAACGAAAUGAAACCAAAAAGUUGAAAUCAAUUCAAUCUGAACUUUUAACUACUCUAGAUUGUUAGUUUACACUUUAUUUAAUAAUGAUUAAAUGCAUUUUAGUGUGUGUUUUGUGCUUUUGGGGUAUUACAGAUGGUUUAACAGUUUUAAAUCGAACCCAAGCUAUCCCAAACAUUUACUUUUACCUAUACAACAAAGAUUCAGGCGUAAAUGGAUUAGAAUUUCGAAUCGAUAACAUCAAUACUGCGUUAAUCCCAAUAAAAAAUAUUAACAUCGUUCUUAUCCAUGGGUGGACCGAGUCUCAUACUCGCCCCCAUUACCUUAAAAUACGCGAUGAAUACCUAAAGAAAUACGAUUGUAACGUUUUUAGCUUUGACUAUAAUCGCUUAGAUCAACAAGGAUACACAUAUGCUAGAGAGAUUGCACCGGAUGUUGGUGAAUUAAUAGCUGAAACUUUAGUGUUUUUAAAAUACUCUGGGAAAUUAAAUUUCGAUCAAGUCCACGUUGUGUCUCAUUCUUUGGGUUGCCACGUAGCUGGGUUUGUUGGAAAGAACGUUUUUAGAUUAUCAAAUGAAAAAUUAGCUAAAAUAACGGCUUUGGAUGCUGCUGGACCUAAUUAUAACGGUGCACCCCCGGAAAAACGAUUAACCGGAACUGAUGCUAAAUCAACUGUUGUUAUACAUACAGAUGGAUUAAUUUUUGGAGCUAAUGAAAAUAUGGGAACGUUAGAUAUUUAUUUUAAUCCAUUGAGACCUUUACAACCAGGUUGUACGGUUGCAGAAAUUAUUACAGAUCACGGUCAAGCUUAUUGUAAUCAUUGGAUAAGUUAUAAAUAUUUUAUUAAUACCAUAAAUAAACCGCAAUAUAUCGCAAUCGAAUGUAGCUCGGCUAUUUUUUAUGUUUUUGGGCUUUGCUUUAAUAACCGCCAGAUUUUGUACACUGAAGAUAUUAAUCCUGAAAUUACCGGGACUUAUUUUGUUUCUGCUGAAUCCCCAUUUGGAAUUAAUAUUCGGAAUGUUAUUAUGUAAUAAGGUAAAAUUAAUUAAGUUAAAACAGGUUAAUAAUAAAUAAAAAUAAUAAAUUUUAAA